UGAUGCCCAAGUUUGUCUUAAACAUCUUAACUCUCGCUAUAUUAAAAAAAACAAACCAAAAAAAAACACCCCGGCCAAUAUUUGUUACCACUUAUGUAUUAUUAAUACCAAAUUUCAUCAGUUCAGUAUAAUAAUUAUCUAGCAGCCUUGUGAUUUUUUUUUUUUUUUUUUUUCUUUCUUGUUUUGCUAUCAUUCUGGGAAAAAUGCAAUGAAAAAUGUAAAAUCCUUAACUAUCUCCUGUGGCACUUUUUAUACUUUGUCCUCUCCCCACCAUCUGCAGUUGAUUAAAUAAAAAAAAAAAAAAGCCCCCUCCCGGCUACUAUUAUUUACCAGACGCAUGAUGUCAUACUCCACUGAUCUCAAGGGUGACUCAUCAAGUCUUCCCCGCUCUCUUGUCCGAUACCGUCCCGGGACACACCCUGCCUGCGAUGCAGUGCAGUGCGUGCAAAAGCGAGAGUGCUGACUCGGGGAAAGCGGCGUGAAAGGCCCGGGAGAGGGUGCAAGAGGGUAAACGAGAGGGGAGAGAAAGGUAACAGCGGCGGGUGGACCAGGUGAGAGGAGACACUCCUGCCUUCAUUUGGGAUCUUUGGUUGCCGGAUAGUUAUUUGUUUCGUAAAGCGAGAUGGAGGUCCGUCUGCCGAGGUUGUCGCGGGUCGCCGUCUGCGGCGGUACCCACGGCAACGAGCUCUCCGGGGUGUACUUGGUGAGGGAGCUGCUGAGGACGGCGCCGGGCGCCGAGGCGGGUGGGGACGCGUCCGUGCAGGCGGUGCUGUCCAACCCGCGCGCCACCCAGCUGUGCCGCCGAUACCUCGACACCGACCUCAACCGAUGCUUCACCCGCGCCGCCCUCAACGGCCCCGUGUCGGACGCGGCCCCCUACGAGAUGACCCGAGCCCGGGAACUGGACGCCCAGCUGGGACCCAAAGGGAGUGCGCAAGCCGUGGAUCUCGUCUGCGACCUCCACAACAGCACGUCCAACAUGGGCCUGUGCGUCAUCGCUUACUCCGACUGUGACUGGAUCUGCUUGCAUAUUUUCCGAUACCUGCAGAGGCAGAUGCCAAAUAUACCAGUGAGGUACAUCCAUUUUGACCUCUCCGACGAGGAGUCAUUUUCUCUUGAUUCAGUGGGAAAACACGGUUUUGCUCUGGAGAUCGGCCCGCAGCCUCACGGCGUGGUGAGGUCCAACAUUUACACGGCCAUGAAAGAAGGUCUGCAGCACACGCUCGACUGGGUGCGUCUCUUCAACUCGGGCACCGUUUUCGACGGCGGGCCGGCGGACGUGUUCACCAUGGCCGGCCACGUCGACUACCCGAGAGACGGCGACACUCGCAACAUCACGGCGGCGGUUCAUCCUCAUCUUCAGGACCGAGACUUCUGCCUGCUGCUCCCCGAGGACCCCGUGUUCCAGACGUUAUCGGGCCAAACGCUGCGCUACAAGGGCGGCGAACCUCUCUAUCCCUUCUUCAUCAACGAGUGUGCCUAUUACGAGAAGGGCGUGGCGCUCUACCUCGCCAGGAAGAGGAGCGUGACCCUCCCGACGCUGCGGGUGCACAAAGAGGGGCAUCCGGCUAACUUUGUGUCGGAAAAAGAGGAGGAAUGAGAGGAGGAAAAAAAACAACAACACUGUGGAUGCUCAACACAAAAAUGCAAAAAAAGGUUUUAUUUAAUAAGAACAACAUGUACGCUCAUAUUUCACACACAUAGAGUACAGGUCGCAUACAUAUUGAACCAACAUUUGUCAUUAAAUAUCAUGUCAUUAAAAAAAAAACAAUCCACUGAUUUAGGGGCUAUUUUAAAGCAUCCAAAAAACAACUACUUCACUACAACCCGCAUCUUUUAAAAAUAAUCGAGCAGCAGCUGUAUCGCAAUAUGGCCAUUAGCGUACAUUCAUAAUGUGCUGUCCAUUAAAUAUAUUCGCCGGCAGCAAAGUAGUUGAGUUAAGCGCGUUGACACCAAUUGUGGAAGAGCAAAACGAAAAUGGGAAAUAUGGAACUGAGAAAAAACACAAAGGAGCACAAGUUAAAUCGAGGACUGAUACUGACAAAAUUGUGAGAAAAAAAAACAUUCAAAAUAAUGAAUAGAUACCAACUUGGUUCACAAAGUAAUGUACAGUUGCAAAU